UUUUUCUCUGGUUUUUGUUGAUCGUUUUUCUUGUUUACCUUUUUUUUUGUCAAUUGAUCUUUUUUUCUUUAAUUGAUUGUUUGACAUGUUUGGUACUAAAUUGAGCGCAUUUUUGAUUCGUAAAUUGCCUACAAAUGGUCAAACGAUUAUAUUCAAUGUGAGACAAUAUUCAGCUAAUUAUAACCUUGUCAGGUUAGCUGAGGUUGGAAAAUUGGAGACCCCGAAACUUGAUGGAAAAUAUGAAACUGGUCAAUUGUUUUUACAUCGAGUUUUUGGUUACCGUGGGGUCACUUUAUUUCCGUGGAUAGCAAAGGUUUACGACAGAGAUGUUCCAAAUCGAAGGGAAGAAAAUACUAUUGAUGAUUCUAGUGCAGGAUAUAAUCAUGUUGGAAAGGAAGUCAAAGGUCACACUCACAUUUAUUAUCAAGUUUUAAUCGACUCCAGGGAUUGUCCUUUUGUGAGAGCACAAACAGAAGCAGUUACAUUUCUUGGUAAUCAAGAGAAUUCUCGUUCUUUAUAUGCUAUCCCAGGCUUAGAUUAUGUUGCCCAUGAAGAUAUUUUACCUUACACUAGCACCGAUCGUCAACCAAUUCACCAUGAAUUAUUUGAGAAAUUCUUAGCUCGUGAUCAUGAUAGAGAUCCACCAUUCAUACCCAAAGAUACACUUAAAGCUUGGCAAGAAAAAAAUCAUCCAUGGUUAGAGUUAUCGGAUGUUCAUAAAGAGACAACUGAAAACGUUAGAGUGACCGCUAUACCUUUUUACAUGGGAUGUCGAGUAUCCCCUCAGGGUACAGUUUAUUGGUGGAGAUAUUGUAUUCGACUUGAAAAUUUGAGUGAUCUUUCGGUACAACUAAGAGAAAGACAUUGGAGGAUUUUCAGUCUCUCCGGGACAUUGGAAACAGUUCGAGGUCGAGGUGUCGUCGGUCAAGAACCAAUUUUAUCCAAAUCACAACCUGCAUUUCAAUACAGUAGUCAUGUUAGUCUUCAAUCGGCCAAUGGUCAUAUGUGGGGAAACUUCAGAAUGGAAAGAGAAGAUGGUUACUCAUUCGACUGUAGGAUUCCGCCAUUUUCCUUGGAUAGUAAACAAGAUCCUAAUCAUCAAAAUUCAAGUCACUGAUUUAUUUUUCUAAUUAUUUUGUAAUAUAUUAUACCCUAAGAUUAGAAAUUAAAUUUCCUUGUUUCAAUUA